AUGGCAGGUCCCCUGCUCCAGCCCCUGCUGCUCCUACUGCUGUCCUUCGCCCUGGGAUCUGCUGCACAAGCAGCCCACGGCAACGGGGAAAGGAUUAUCAAUGGAGCUGCAUGUCCACGAGGCUCCCACCCGUGGGAGGUGGCCCUGAUGCGGGGCAGGGACACGCAGUGUGCAGGCGUGCUGAUCCACCCGCAGUGGGUGCUCACCGUGGGCCACUGCCGACAACUCGCCUACAACGUGCAGGUGGGCAGCCAUGUGUUGAACGACCCCAAAGCCCAGGUGAUCCGGGCCACGGAGUCCUUCGUCCACCCCCAGUAUAACGACGCCAAAAAACUGAAUGACAUCAUGCUGGUGAAGCUGAGCCGCCCGGCCACGCUGUCCCCGACCGUGAGGACCAUGGCCAUUUCUUCCGAAUGCGUGAGACCUGGGACCACGUGCGAGGUUUCUGGCUGGGGCAGCAUCACCGGCCCCCCUUUCGAGACCUAUCCGUCGGAGCUCAUGUGCACAAACAUCACCGUCAUCCGCCUGGAGGACUGCAGGAGGCACUUCCUGUACCUGAGGAGACCCUACAUGUUCUGUGCAGGCACCCACAACAGCAACACCAACGCCCACUUGGGGGACGCGGGGAGCCCGCUGAUCUGCCAAGGAACCCUGCAAGGCCUGGUGUCCUCCGAUUAUUUCCCGUGUCGCCCACCCUUCGACCCCAUCAUCUACAUCCACGUGUGCAAGUACAGCAAGUGGAUAUUUGAAACCAUGAUAAACAGUUGCUAA